AUGGUGUUCAAUCUCCGAACUUUCAGUUCUCCCGAGUCCGUUGAAAAUGAUCCAACACCUCCUAAAAGCUUCUCCCUAAAGGAGCUCCAACGCGUGACGGACAACUUUAGCGGCAACAACUACGUGGGGUUCUUUCCGUGUGGCAAGGUUUACAAGGGGCGCUUGGCCGAUGGUUCGCUAGUGGCAGUGUUCAGAGCAAGCUAUGUCGAACUGGGGAACAAGAAGAGCUUCGAAACAGAAGUGCAAGUGGGAAGCACGGUUUCGACACACCCAAAUGUGCUUCGCCUGAGGGGCUUUUGCAGGAUCAAGAACGAGCUCUUAGGGGUGUAUCCAUUGAUGAUCAACAAGACCCUAUAUUAUCAUCUUGUAGUGAGACCAGAUCGUUCCACACGACCUCUAGAUUGGCCGACUCGCAAGCGUAUAGCCUUGGGAGCAGCAAGAGGUCUCGCACACCUACAUAAUCAAGGCAAUGUCAAGAUCAUGCACCGCGACAUUUGCUCGUCAAGUAUAUUCCUAAAUGAACAAUUUGAGGCCGUGAUAGGAAAUUUUUGGCGUGCCCUUAUCAUGCACGACGGAAAUGCAAAGGAAGGGACUAUUCAAUGGCCCAGACUAAAGCACCCCGUGAGAGUCUCAUCCUCAUCCCAGGAAGAAGAAUCGGCUGAUUCUGAUUCCUAUUCUCUGACCUAUCAUCUCUACGAAGACGUGUAUGUUGACACCACCUAUGCCGACGGCAGAGACGAUUUUAUUGCCCCGGAGUACCUGCACACAGGAAAGUGCACACUCAGGAAUGAUGUUCACGCCUUUGGGAAACUGCUUCUCGAGCUCAUCUCUGGAAAGCCACCUGCAAAACUCGAUGCGUUGGCGUAUGAUGAAAAUCUCAGUUUGGAGGAAUGGAUUGGUGAAUUUAUGAACAAGAACGAGUUGGGAAGAUUGUUCGAUCCCAAUUUGCAAGGGAACUAUGUGGAAGAAGAAGAAGCAGAGAAGGUUGUCCGACUGGCAUUGUUGUGUGCACACAAGGAUCCAUCUGUUCGACCAGAGAUGUCUGAAGUGGUUGAAAUACUCGAAAGCCAGUUUCUUCAGCGGGAUUCUAGUACAAGGAGUAGUUUGAGUUUGAGUGAGUGUGAAUCGACUACUCCAUAA